CUGUGUUCCAAUUACCCACGAUAUAUUUAUCUGUCUAUACAAGAGUGCAUGGAGAUAUUAAGAUCAAGUCCCCGGUGGAAGACGAUAAAUCGAAGAAUAUAAUAUCUCUUGAAGGCACGCAUCAUUACAUUCAUAAAACAAAGCACACACAAUUGUUAAUCAAUGUAAACAGAGUUUUACAAACCCCCAAAAAGUGAAUUAUUAAUCAUCCUACAUGAACACCACUCAAAUACAACAGAAAAACGUUGUUUUUGCCUUUUUUUUGUCUGACACAGGAAUGAGUACAGAAAACUUGAAUUAACUAUGCUGUAAUGUAAUACUAUAUAUUCAAGCAUUAUGAAACUACUAUUCCUCAGCUCAGCUUUCCUACUGCUUGUAUUUGCCUCAAUACUUGUUACGUCAUCAUCAUCAACAUCAUCCAAUAAUCAUUCUGAGAAUAAAUCCAUUAAUUAUGACAGGAAUUUAUUAUCAUUAAAUGCAGUUGGAGCACCGAGAAAAUUAUCCCUUGAAAUCGCAUGUGAUAUAUUACGUCCAUGUAUUAAAGCAACAUGGUUACCACCGACAGAUGUUAUAUCAACAAAUGACAAUACAGAUACUGGUAAACUACUUGCCUAUAAUAUACGCUAUCGUGUAAUCCAUCCUGUUGAAUUAUCUGAGGCUAAUAUCCAUAGGAAAAAGUUGAAGAAUAUUGAUGAUAGCAACGCAACUCCAUAUCCUAAGACGAUUGAAAAAAAUAUUACUGGAUUACAGUAUACAAGUACUCCUGGGGAACAUUUAUUCGGUGUCGUUUAUGAAUUCACUGUGGCUGCAGUUACUGAAAAUGGUUAUGGUCAUGAAGCAGUUGGUCAAAUCGCUAUGCCCGAAGCAGCUCCAUCGGAUGCACCAAGUAACUUUCGUGUAGUUGGCGGAGACGAAACCUCAGUAAAGUUGGCUUGGGAACCUCCAAGAUUAUUAUAUCAAAAUGGUAUUAUUACAAAAUAUCAAGUUCGAUGUUAUAUUGUCGGUUCAGAAGAGAAUCAUGAUGAAUUGAAAACACUCACUGAACAAACAUUAAACUUGUCUAAUUUACCUGCAGGUACACACGCCUGUCUGGUACGUGCUUGGACUAAAGCAGGUCCAGGUCCAUGGAGUGAUCGUGUUCAAUUUCUUAUUCAUCAAAAAGGUCCAUCACCGCCUUCAUAUGUACAAGGAUAUUGGAAGUCUCCGUAUAUUUUAACAAUUGAAUGGACACUACCGGAGGACAAGCAGAAUGUAGCUUAUAUAAUUAUUCAUUAUGCAACUCAAAAUAAUCCUAAUUUAUGGCAAAAAUACUUUGUAAAAGAAAUAAUGAAAACAUCUGAAGAUUUGAAUAAUCUACCUUCAAAUGAAGGUUAUUUAAUUCGCUUAAGUUCAGUUGAUUCAAAUGGAAAUGAAGGGCAAUUAUCCGACAUUAUAAAAAUUCAUCCAUAUCAACAUAUCACCAAUUUGGGCAAUAAUGAGGCGGAGAUUGACAUUAAUUUUAAUAAAAAUGAUGGAGUGAUUUAUCCUGUGAAGAAAAGACAAGAAAUAGAGGAAGAAAAUUAUCGUUUCAGUGUUAUAGAUAAUAUAUCGAAUCAACCAGAGAAAUUUACUGUACAAAAUUUUAAAUGUGUUCAUAAAACUUCGAAUUCAAUAAUUAUUGAAUGGUUACCUCCAGUACAUUUAGCUAAUCUAUUGGAAUAUCAGCUUCAUAUAACUGGCAGAAGUGAAUUUUUCACUAACAGCGGUGUAUUUAAGUCGGUUCACUUGGGUGAAUGGCAACUGCAUCACAAUAUAGACCAACAGAUCGACGGUAGUAGUAGACCUGAAACAUUAAAUUGGCCAUUAGUUGAUUUGAUUGGUGAUAUAUCAGCUCUUGAUCCUCAGCAUCACCAUCAACAACAACAACAUCAAAAGCAUACUCAUAAAAUGGAAAUACCAGAUUUAAAACCGAAUAGUCAAUAUAAGGUGACUAUACGUCCAAUUUAUCGUGCACUUAUCUCAGAAGGUACUAUUGGAGCUAAAGAAGGAUUCCCAGUGACUAUUAUAUGUCAUACAGAAUGGAGUGCUCCAGAAUACGUCAAACCACCAGAAAUACUGGCAAUCUAUUCAGGACCAUCAGAUCCACACGGUGCAACUCUGAUCACUGAAAUCAAAGUAUAUCGUGUAUCAGAAGAAAAUGGUCCUAUACAUAAUUAUUACAUAAUUGUAUCCCCAGAAUUAAAUCCAGUCAUGUCGGAUGACAGUCGUGCCAACAGUAUUCACUCUAAAUCCUCAGAACCUUUGAGUACUAUUAAUGCAUCUCAGUAUGACUUGAAAAUACUCUCACAGAAUAUUGAUCUGCCUAGUAAUCAAGCACCGUAUUUAGCUAUGGCACGGCAUACACUGAAUUUAUUUGAAACAAACCAACAACAUACAGCUAUAGUGAUAUUAGGUAGUGAAGAGAUGGACAAUUUUUUCAUACAACCUCAAAGUUACUUACAUUCUAUGGGGAUUAAUAAUAAUAAUCACUCACACGAAAGAUUACUGCCAAACCAAGAUUUAAGACAAACCACAGAUAUCAUGUCUGAUUUAGAUGAUCGUGAUGUCGCUGCUGCUAAUCAUAAUGAUAAAAACAAUGUUGAUACUGGUACAUACUAUUAUAAUCGUAAUAGUAAUAUGUAUGCAAAAGCAAUACAAGUGAAUAAUAAGCGUUUAUUUCAAUCAACUAUUUAUCGUGUUGCUUUGAGAGCAUGUUCUCAGUAUUCCGAUGGUCGUCAGUUAUGUUCAACAAGUCAAUGGUCUGAGCGAAUAUCAUCCAUCCUUUCAGAGAAUGUUAACAGACUGUCAAAUCUGAAACCACUCAAAGAAAAAACAUCCUCAUGGAACCUUUAUGAGUCAUCUUCAUUCACUCUCAUUUUGAUUGGUCUAGCCGGUGGACUAAUAUUUUUCGCUAUCCUGAGUACAAUACUUGGUUGUAUUUUACGGCGUAGAAAACACCAGUUGAACCGUCGAUCAGCCCUUGAAUCAAGUAAUCAAUGGGAUGCACAAAUCUGCAGAGAUUUGAGUAAAUCAAUAUUUGCUGCUGAUGAAAAUUUAUCUGGAUCAAAUAAUAAUUCACAAAUUAAAUGUUUUGCCUCAAAAAAUGAUCAUAAUAAUAAUAAUCAUAGUUUUAUAAAUUCUCAUCCAUCGAAUUACUUUUUAAAUAUUCGUACAGAAGAAAGAUCACGUAGUCCAUCGAAUUCAAGCAGUGGUAUACUCGGCAUAAAUCUACCACGACCUAGUACAGGUGGUUUGUCCGUCGGUACAAAUAUCAUGUCGCCAUUAGCAUCAUCAACAAAUCAAUUAACUAUAUCGGACAUAUCACCGAUAAUUACUAGAUCUGUACAUAUGAAUAGUAUAAACAACAGUUCGGUGGAAAAAUGUGAAUCACCAACAAGAAGUGUAAACAGUACUACCACUGCUGAAGCCAUUGUCAAUAGACCAAUGUUUAAUAUUCAGUCGAAAUCGGGUACAACAAGUAUGAUGGAAAAUUUUAAUCAACUUUUUCGUGAUGGAACUAUUGAAAUUCAUCGUAUGCCUAUACCAGUUGACCAAUUACAAGAAAUAAUUUAUCAGGCAAGAAGUAAUAAUUAUAUUAACUUUCAACAAGAAUUUCAAGCUAUAGAACAGAUAUCAAAGACACGAUAUAUCAGUGCAGUACAUUCAAAUUUAGAUAUGAACAAAUCAAAAAAUCGAUAUCCAAAUAUAUUAGCCUAUGAUCGUACACGGGUGACAAUACAAUCAAGUAAUCAUAUGAAUAUAUCAGGAUCUGAUUAUAUCAAUGCUAAUUAUAUUGAUGGUUAUAGAAAACAGAAUGCAUUUAUAGCAACUCAGGCUCCAUUACCGAAUACAUUUGAAGAUUUUUGGACAAUGGUAUGGGAACAGAAUACAAGUGUAAUUGUUAUGCUGAGUAAAAUUAUUGAAAAAGGUCAAGUUAAAUGUGAUCAGUAUUGGCCAACAAUCAGUGGAACGCUUAUCUUUUCAAAUUUAAUUAUAACCCAUUUAGAAACAACUGAAUUGGCAAAUUAUACAAUCCGCAGUUUUGAAUUACGCAAAGAAAGUGAACAUAGAAAAAUCUGGCAUUUACAAUAUACAAGCUGGCCUGAUCAUGGAGUACCAAUUUAUUCAACAGUAUUUUUAAUGUUUCUUAGACGUGUUGGUACAAUUACUCCAACUGACUGUGGACCAAUUGUUGUUCACUGUUCCUCUGGUACAGGAAGAACUGGUAUCUACAUAGCAAUCAAUAUAUUGUUAGAACGUAUGAAAAGUGAAUCUGUUAUUGAUAUAUUCGGUCUGGUGAAUCAGUUACGUAUGCAACGGAAUUCUAUGAUUGAAACACAAGAUGAAUACACGUUUAUUUACACUGCACUCCUGGAAUCAAUAACCGAUUGUAACACAGAAGUCUCCGCUCGUAAUCUCUACAUACACUUACAGCAUUUAUCUAUGAUACAGACAACAAUUACAAAUGAUUAUUCUAUGAAUUCUACUGGUCAACAAUUGUCGUCUUCAUCCCCUCCGACGAUAUCAGUGAACAGUGUAAAUGAGAAUGUUAAUAGUACUGGGAAUACAGUGACAACAAAUUCCUUAGGCUAUACUGGAUUCCAGCUAGAAUUUCGUAAAAUUAAUAAGCUAUCACCAAAUAUUGCAUUUGCAUUGAAUUGUGUCACACCAAAAGCCGGUAUUCUAGGAUAUUCAUCGUCUGCGAUUCAUUUACAAGAUGGUAAAUCGAUUGUUUCGUGUGAAAUAGCCAAGACAAAUGUUAACUUUAGUAAAAAUCGUCUAGUCAGUAUAAUACCAUUUGAUUGGAAUCGUGUAACUUUAUGUCCAGUACGCGGAGUAGACGGAUCUGAUUAUAUAAACGCCAGUUUGAUUGAUGGUUAUCUAAAGAAAAAUGCUUACAUCGCUUGUCAAGGACCAAUGGUGUCAACUGUAGAAGAUUUUUGGCGUAUGUUAUGGGAGAAAAAUAGUUGCUUAAUUGUCAUGUUAUGCUCAGUUAAGGAAAGUGGAAAAGAGAAAUGUUUCACUUAUUGGCCAGAGGAUAAAUUAGCCCGUUAUCAAUUCUUUGUAGUAGAUUUAACCGCCCAGUAUACAAUGUCUAGUCAUAUAUUAAGAGAAUUCAAGGUUACUGAUGCAAGGGAUGGAGAAUCACGUAUCAUAAGACAACUGCAGUAUAUUCAAUGGAAUGAACAAGGUUUACCACAGACAAGUGAGAGUAUAAUUGAUUUAAUCGGACAUAUGCAUAAAAUUAAAGAGCAACAAAAUUAUGAUGGGCCGAUCACUGUUCAUUGCAGCUCUGGUGCUGGUCGAACAGGAUUAUUUAUAACAAUGUGUAAUGUGUUAGAAAGACUACGUCAAGAAUCAGUUAUUGAUAUGUAUCAAACAGUGAAAUUACUUCGACAACAACGUGUAUGGAUGGUACAAACAGAAGAACAAUAUCGUUUCUGUUAUACAGCUACACUGGACUAUCUGAAUUCAUUCGACCUGUGCACUCAACCACAAUUACAACUACCAAUACCAAUAACAAUACAAGCGCAUAAUUUACACAGAAAUUCACCAAAUUUAAAAAUAAAGCUAAAAUCUACCCAAUUAUCAUCUGAUAAAAGUGUUUUAUUUGAAUUUGAUAAAAAUUAUGAAAUAGGCAAUAAUAAUAGCAAUAAUAAUUUAAUAAUUCAGUAGGAGAAUUAAAACAUUGACAAUUGAUCAUUGAACACAUUUUAUGAAAGCCAGUGAAUAUAGGUAUAUACAUAUAAAUAUAUGUACUACUCAUUAUGUAUGAGUAGUACUAAAGUAAUUUGUUUUCAUGUUACCAAUUGCUGUUCAUUUUUUCUGUCUCCACCUACUUCCUACUUUCUUGUGAAUAAAAUCUAAAAUUUAUUUGUAAAACACAUGUUUUUGUCUGAGACAUAGGGAUUUAUAAUUAAUAAUGUUCUCUGAGCUGGUUAGUUGGUUUAGUUGUGGAGCUUUCGUUGUCUUUCGGGAUAAAAUCUUCAGCGCACUAUUUAGCACAAAGUGAAAUGAUUUAAAUUUUCUUCAUGAGCGAUAUAAUUGCGUCUCCCGGUAACCGUCUUUACAUAUGUAUUGACCAUUUCUGUUAUUGACUUGAAUUUUAAACUUUUUGGCCACCUGAUUUAUUUUUUAUCAGUUGGUAUAUUUUGUCUAUAUUAAUGUGUUUGUUAAUUGCAUAUUCGUUUGAGUACCAGGUUUCUAGGAAUUCCCUGGCACUGCACUUUUCGUGUUUCCUCUAUCUAAGAUUUCCUCAUUAUCCCAAACAAAUUGAUGUCCAUAAUUGUCUAAAUGCAUUGAUAUUAAAGAACACAUAUCUUGUCUUUUCACGGCUGAUUUGUGUUCCUGGAUUCUAGUUCGAAGGGGACACCCACUUUGGCCGAUGUAAUGCCUGUUACAGUUCAUACAUACAAUUUAUUUUGUAAAUGGUAUUAAUUUUAUCUCCUUUUUCUGUUGGUUCAUUAUUUCAGCUGUUAUUUCAGAGAUAUUUUUCAUGUAUGGUAGGAUGAAUUUUGUGGUCUUUGAUGAUGGUUUCUUGUUGGUGUUUUGAUUCGAUUUUAAACACUUUUUGAUGAAAUUUUGUGGAGGAUAUCCAUUCUUUUUGAAGACCGUUUGUAAGUAUUUUUCUUCCAUUCUUAUCAACUCUGGAGUGCUAUAUUGUGUGUAUUUGAAUUCUUUUAAACAAUGUCUGCAUGCAGUUUCUUUUGUGAGUGAGUAAUUGGAUUAUUGGUAGUAUAGUUGAGUAUUUGAUCUGUGUGUGUGCGUUGAUUUUCUAUAUACUCGUGUUUCUAAAUUUCUUAUGUUGGGUCUCCUGAUUAGGAUUUAGGCAUGAAGCCUUGACGAUUUAGUGAUCGUGGAGUUGUUUUUUACUGUUUUACUGUCUGUCUGUCUGUCUGUUUUCGACAUAGAACUCUGCACCGAUUUGCAGCAGUUCAAAUGGCCACACCCUCUCUAUGUAGCACACAAACCAAGAGAAGAAGGUAGAAGAAAUGCAUAAUAGAGACAGUAAACAGAGGUGUGAGACAAAUGAAAACUAAUAACUAAGAACAA